AUGGAAUUCCCAUUACACAAAGCUUGCUUGAAUAACGAGCCCAGGAAAGUACAGGAGUUGCUAGAGAGCUCUGAUCCGUUCAAGGCUGUGGUGCAGAGAGAUGACGAUGGCAGGGUCCCGCUGCACUGGGCUGUAUCUAUCCAGAGUGAUGCCAUAAUAAAGCUGUUAUUGCCAUAUAUGAAGAGUGUCGAUAUUGACACACUGACCGAUGAGGCUGGCUGGACGCCAUUCCACAUAUCUUGCUCUAUUGGUCACCUAGACAUCGUGGACCAGUUGUACAAUAACAACCCUGAUGCUAGGCCUAAUCUAGAUCUUCAAACGUCCCAAGGGGUGACCGCUCUACAUCUAGCCGUAGCGAAGAAACACUUGGAAGUUUGCAAGUAUUUGAUUAAACUAGGAGCCUCCGUUAGAAUAAAAGAUAAGAAAGGUCAAAUUGCUCUUCACAGAGCAGCUGCUGUGGGAUCUAUUGGCGUUGUAGAGUUUUUGUGCUCGACCGCCAAAAGCCCUGUAAAUUGGAAAGACGCCAGUGGGUGGACACCAUUAUUCCAUGCUAUUGCAGAGGGCCAUGCUGAUAUAGCGGUGUUAUUAGUAAACAAAUUUUCUGCUGAUUACGAAGUCGAAGAUUCUGAUGGAAAAAAACCAAUCGAUGUUGCUCCUAGUGAGUCCGUGAAGGAAUAUUUCUCAAAGAAUAUAUAG